UUGGUAUCCUCCCAUAGUGCUUGUGGUGAGUUUGGGAUCCUCCCACCAAAUCAACGCUCAGAUGCCCCAUCCGCGCUCGCAUCGCGCUGCAUCCGCGCUCCGUCGCACGCGCGGCCCCUCCCCUUUCUCCGCCCUCCGUCGCGGCCGCCUUCCAACCCACGCUUCCCGCUCCCUUCGCCGCCGCCCCCACUGCUCGCGCGCCUCCGCCCCUCGCGCCGAUCUCCUCCGCGGCGCCCCUCCGCCCAUCGCAACGAUCUACUCUGCGCCGCCCCCAUCCCUCCCCUAACCAUCGUCGACCCCCUCCCCUUCCAACCUCGCCGGCCAUCCGCCCGUCGCUCCAUGCCCGUCGGAGAUCGCCGGCCGCCGGUUCCCCUAACCGCCGCAAUCGACCCCAUACCGGCGCCGCUGCACAUCCUGAUCACCGUCCAGUCGCCUUUCAUCCCUCGGCCGGUCUCCGUCGCCUCGCCAUCAGGAGCAAGAGGUUGAGGUGUCGAGCGCGGAGAGAGAGGCACCCAGGCUGACCUCGCUGGUGGCGACCUGGUGGUCUGUGUGACCUGCAAGUGUGGUGUCCACAAGGAGUUCGGCUUCGACCAUUCCCACUGAUCAAAUUAGCCAGUCCCCUUAUUCCAUCCUCACUGUCAAUGUCAAUUUGUUCUUGCAACCGGACAUCAGGCAUAGAAUGUUCCAACUAUUGAGGAAGGUCAACGACAGGUUGAGUUUUGAUCUAAGCAUUACAAGAUCCUUGCGUUGGUGGUGGUGAGUCCUGAAAGAUUGAAGGGCUGAUAUCCAUCCGAGGAUCCUCCCGCACAAUCAACGAUCCAGACUCCUUCGGAUAGCGCUCCACCGUAUUAUUCCCAGCUCACGAAGUAGCAGAAUUACCUUUGCUGAUCUUGCUGGUUCAAUGAACUUGAUCACGGGUUGGGACUUGGGAGUUGGCGACUGAGGCGCAUGCAGGGCAGCGGCAAUGACCAAGUGUUGGGCGCUCUAUUAAGGACUGCAGGUUGUGGCAGUACUGCAGCAGCCAGUGCUUUGGUGGGGAGGUCAUAAUUGUUUUGUAGUAUGGCUCUUACGGCUGUCCAUUUCAUGUUUAUCCAAUUUCAGCUCAAAAUAUUUAUUUUUAUGCCUAUUUCGUGCUACAUUUGUCCCUCUUUUAAUUUUUAGAUUUUACUAAUCAUCUUAGCUGUUCGCUUGAUCUGGGAACAAGGGGAUCUGUGUAAUAUAGGGAACGAGCAAGGGGACCUGUGUAACUGUGUUGGAGGUCGUGGGCUUCGAUACAAAAUUAAUUGGGUUGCAGUUGGAUUCAUCAUUGGAUAAAUGAUCUGAUUAAUUAGUUGUAUCAGUAAUUGUUCCAAAGUACCUGCACAUUUCUAUGUUUUCUUUACUAUUUCAUCUCUGCAGAGUGGGAAUUGAAAGAUUGCAAUUUAAGAUAUUUCAUUUGUGUUUCAGGUCCUAAUCUUUGCUUACAUCUAAGAAAUUUCUAAUGAGAGGAAGAUUCUCAUUUCAGGUCCUCAUCCUGUUAUUCACCCUUCAUGCCAAUUCAUGCCAAGCUGGUUUACAAUGCUUACCUGAUCAAAUUUGCCCAUGUUCAGUGGAAAAUUUUUGACAUAGUAGUGCCUGCAAUCAAAUUUGAUGAUCAAAGUGCAUGCAGGCAGGCAGGGUUCCUGACCUGGGCAAUCAAUUGAGGGAAAUUAAAACUUGCGAGAGUUCCAUUUUGAGUUAAUAGAAAAAAAAGGAUAUUUUUUCUAUUUAAAUUGACAUUUUCCAUGAGCUAAACGUGAAGUAGCUUGAUUGAAUGCAAGAUCUGAUUGGCAGUAUCACGCACGUAAUGCUUAUCGAGAUUGUUGAUCUUGCUUGAUGAGAGCUUUUGAUAACAAAGCUUUGCUGGGCAUAUUAAUCACCAGACCAGUUUGAUUGUUUCACGUUGGUGCUUGCGUCCUACCAGUAUUAUGUACUGAAUAAUGUUUCUUUGCUAUGUCCUUCACUGAUUUACUGAUUUUGGUAAAUUGAGGCUUCUACUGCGCUCGAUCUUAUCAAAUAAUUAAGCAUGUAGCGUAUGUGGAAUGAAAUUGGUGGGUAAUUAAUGCCCAAACCUUACAUGGGUGCUGCUGCCCUGAUGUGCCAGGGAGAAGAAAUUGAGGCAGUUAUAUAUGGUCAAGAUCAGCUAAUUAAUUAGCAAAUGCGAUUAGCACCCUUGUGGAAUUAUUAUUUUUGUUCUUCCCUAUACGUGAACGUCUCGACGCAUGUUACAAGUUCGUUUUGCUAACUCAAGUAUUGGCAUUAGCACUAAAGCGGCAUUAUUUUAUUUCCUACCAUGAUUGAUGUUUUAUACAAUAAUUUUCGUUUUUCUCGUUACUUAAUACUAUUUGGAAACUAUAAAAUGUGAUACAAGUAUUAUGUAUGUAUUAAAAUUUUCAUAUAGUAAGCAUAGCAUAUGCUUGAUAUUUAUUUAACAUCAUUUUACUUUCCUCCCGUUGCAACGCACGGGUAACCAACUAGUGGUAGAAAGUAAUUGUAGUAGUGUGAAGAUAUCUAUAUAAAUUUUAAAUUUUGACUUUGUUCACGUAUAAAUGUGUCAACUAAAAAGAAAUUUGCGGGGUCACAUUAAAAAUUAAUUAAUGACUGUCGCAUUCAUAUCAUGCCCCAAAAAUCUUAUUGCUUUCAUUUAUACUUUGUAGAUUUUUUUUUCUAUGGUUGUAUCAUAUAAUAAUAAUUCGGUAUGUGAAUAGGUAUGUGUUAUUUAUAGAAAAUUCUGGGAUAUGUUCACUGCAUACUUCGGCUAACUUAACUACUAUUAACAAUCCUCCCUACUAAAAUGUAUAUGCACGUUUCUUUCUUUUUAUAAGGUUAUAAUGUAUAUUAUACGUGGUCUGUCACUCUGUCAUACAAAAACUACUACCUUCGUCUCAAAUUAAUUGUUUUUUAAGGUUGUUUGGCAUAUUUUAAGGUUUAGAACAAAAAGACUACAAUACCCUUAUAAAAUAUUUUAUGGUUAAGGAUAUAAGGGUGGUUGAGGGGUAGAAUAGGAAGAAAUUUGAAUGGGAUAUGAUUGAUGGGACAAGUAGUAUUUAGGAGUGACGAGUAUUGUGAAUUUAUAGAAAAUUCUGGAAUAUGUUCGCUGCAUACUUCGACCAACUUAACUAUUAUUAUCAAUCCUCCCUGCUAAAAUGUAUAUACACAUUUCUUUAUUUUUAUAAGGUUAUAAUGUGCAUUGUACGUGGACUGUCACUUUGUCAUACUAAAAACUACUACUUUUGUCUCAAAUUAAUUGUUUUUUAAGGUUGUUUGGCAUAUUUUAAGGUUUAGAAAAAGACUACAAUACCCUUAUAAAAUAUUUUAUGGUUAAGGAUAGAAGGGUGGUUGAGGGAUAGAAUAUGAAGAAAUUUGAAUGAGAUAUAAUUGAUGGAACAAGUAGUAUUUAGGAGUGACGAGUAUUGUGGGAUAAAAUUUGAAUGGUAGAAAGACAACUAAUUUAGGAUGGUGCAUUUGUGAAAGCCAGUUUCCGGAGCAGAAAAAAGGAAAGCCCAAUCACGCAGAGCCGCUUGUUGCUCCGUGCUAUUUUUUCGUUUCUGGAUUCCCUAUUCUUGUCCCGUCCCAUUCCUUUUUCCCUUUUCCUUGCUGUCUUCCUCCUGACGUGUCAUCGUCGGCCUUGCUGCCCAUGACGCGAUCAAGAAACGCCACCGCCCCUCCGUUCUUCCAGAGAUCGAAUCUUGGGGGAUCGAGCUAGUUGGGGUUAGCGGUGUGGAAGGGUCGAAAAUCCUUGGAGACAUUGGAUUGGAUUGCAGUGGGGCGGACGGCGGUGGGCGGGGCUUCUUGUAGGCUGGGCUGUACCAGAGAGGAGCCAAGACGGCGGCGAUAACGGCGGCACCGGUGGCGACGGCGCCGUCGCCGUCGGAGGGUGGGGGAGGCGGGUGCCUGGAUUGUCUGCAGGAUGUGGUUCGGGCGCUGUCGAUGGGGACAUGCCUUACGACGGCGGAGCAGCGGGCCAUGGAGGUGCCGGCUGCGUCGGUGAAGGGAGGAGGGGGCAGGAGGAGUGACGAGGAGGCGCCCGGCAGGAUCGCGGGUAACGGCGCGGGGAAUGUGGCCUGCCUGUUCACUCGGCAGGGGAAGAAGGGCACCAACCAGGAUGCCAUGGUCGCGUGGGAGAACUAUAACGGAAGAUCAGACACGGUAUUUUGUGGAGUUUUUGAUGGCCACGGUCCACAUGGCCAUCUCAUUGCUAGGAAAGUAAGAGAUAUUCUCCCUUCGAGACUCUGUGAUUUGAUAUAUGAAGACUGUGGGGAUAGUCCAACCAGCAAUUCAGAUGUCUCAACUCUGGAAGAGAAUUUAUCUCCGUAUGCAGAUGCAGAGUGCAGAUCUCCCACAUUGGCUGGACAAAAAGAACAUCAAGAAUUCUUCAACGCAAUGAAAGAAUCUUUCAGAAAGGCUUUUAAAAAUGUGGAUAAGGAGCUCAAAUUACAACGGAACAUUGAUAGCAUUUGCAGUGGAACUACUGCAGUUACUUUAAUCAAGCAAGGUCAUGAUCUUAUUGUUGGGAAUCUAGGUGACUCUAGAGCUGUAUUAGGCACCAGAGAUCAGAACGAUAAGUUGGUUGCUCAUCAGUUGACUGUUGACCUGAAACCUGAUCAUCCAAGGGAGGCUAGGAGGAUCAGACGGUGUAAUGGGAGGGUCUUUGCUCAUCAGGAUGAACCAGAUGUGGCUCGCCUUUGGCUUCCUAAUUGCAACUCUCCUGGACUGGCAAUGGCCCGAGCUUUUGGUGACUUUUGUCUAAAGGAUUUUGGGUUGAUCUCAGUACCUGAUGUCACCUAUAGGCAAAUUACUGAAAAAGACGAGUUUAUUGUCCUGGCGACAGAUGGGGUGUGGGAUGUUCUCUCCAACCAGGAAGUGGUGGAUGUUGUUGCCUCAUGCUCUGGUCGUUUCGCUGCAGCUCGUUCUGUUGUUGAUUUAGCAAAUGAGACUUGGAGGUUCAAAUACCCAACCUCAAAAACUGAUGAUUGUGCAGUGGUCUGUCUUUUCCUGAACAAGUAUGAAGUUACCGGUGGUUUAUCAGGGCAACCUGGAUAUAGUCCAAGGAUGCCUGCCCUAUCAGGUAUUACCCGGCCCAAUAGUAAAAGGGUUACUCCUGACGACGUCGAUGAUGGUAGUGACUCAAACGUAAGCGGAGAUGAGAGGUCCUUGGAUGGUUUCACUCGAUUGAACACAUUGUUGGCACUACCAAAGUUUGGUGACACAAGUCCAACUAAGAAAUGAGUUGGUAAGCAGAUGAGUUUUGCAGGUGCUUUGGACAAGAGAGCAUAUCGGCUAUAUUAGCAUGUCCGGUGAGCUCCCGUUCUGAUCCAGCUUACGAUAGCUAAGAAUGAGUAGGGUUGUUUUUUUUUUUUCAUCCUAACUCCCAUUUGGUUACGAGUUGACAAUUACGCAGCAAGCAUUUGGAGUCUUAACUCUUAUUUAGUCGAGAGUAGACUUAACCUUUUUGUAUAGCUGCUCAUCGAUUUUCUGUCUUAUUGUAUGUACUUGGCGAUUAUAUGUGGACAAAUCCUACUCAUUCUUAUGGUAAUUUCGUUUGUCGGAUUAUGACAGUUGGAA